GGAUAUCGAAGGAGAAUGAGCACAGGAAGCUGUCCCAAUGGCAUCGGCGGUGCUUUCCCUCCAUUCGCAUAUAGUGAUGGGCCAGUUGAAGUUGGCUCUGGUGUAGCUGGUGGGACAGGUGGUGAUCCUGGUGCCUGUGGCAUCCUCUUCUUUUCCACCAAUGGGAAGACGAUCAUGCAGAACCUCAACGACCGGCUGGCCAGUUACAUAGACAAAGUGAGAUGCCUGGAGGCUGAAAACGUUGCGCUUGAGUCCAACAUCAGUGAUUUCUAUGCCAAGCAAGGGCAAGCCGGUGAGCCGAAGGACUACAGCCACUUUUGCCAUGAGAUUGAGGAGCUGAAAAACCAGGUUAUUUGUACAACUGCAGAGAAUAACAAGAUCCUUCUCAAGAUUGACAAUAAUUGUAUGAACCUUGAAGAGAUGAGACAAAAGUUUGAGACUGAAUCUGCAAUCCGUGGAAAUGUGGAGGCUGACCUUAAUGGGUUACACCCCGUUUUGCAUGAACUGUCCAGCUGUAAGGGUGAGCUGGAGGCUGAGCUGGAGUCUUUGCAAGAGGAACUCUGUGGCCUCAAGAAGAGCCAUGAAGAGGAAUUAAUCUGUCUGAAGAAACAGUCAAGUGACGUCAACAUGGAAGUCAGUUCCUGCCCUGGUCCAGAUCUGAAGAAAAUCCUGGAAGAGCUGAGAUGCAAGUAUGAAUCGAUGAUAGAUGCAAACCGCCAGGAGGUUGCGCACUGGUAUGAAGGCAAGCUGGAGGAGGUGAACCAGGAAGUUUGCAGCUGUAGCCAGGAGGUGGAAGAUGGCAACCACAAGAUCAUCGAUCUGAAACGCCAGGUGCAGGCCAUAGAGAUUGAUCUUCAAGCUCAGUGCAAUCUGAGGGACUCACUGCAAGUGUAUUUAACUGAAGCAGAAGGGCUCUACCAUGUCCAGCUAGCUGAAACACAGGACCAGAUCUACUGUAUGGAGCAGCGGCUGGCCGAGCUACGCCUGGAAACAGAGGCUCAGGACCAGGAAUACAAAGAGCUCCUGGACGUCAAGAACCGGCUGGAGCAAGAGAUCAAGACGUACCGCAGCCUGCUAGAAGAAGGGCCGCAAGAUCUGAACAAGAGCUCCCUGGACUUGCUCUUCCUCUUCACCAUUGCGACCCGCUUAUCGCCUGCUUCUUGCAUGGGUCCAUCCAACAGUGGUGGCGAGAAAAAGGAGCAGUAG